AAUUGCAGAUACAAAUUACGAACCCUUGUAUCCAUUUCUGACACUCAAAAACAUAUAUUUUCAGCACUUUCUCCUGGCUGACUUAGUCAAUAAAAAUUAUUUUCAAAUUUCUGUCCGUUUCCCUACUGGAACACCUAGUACAUCCAAAGUUCAUUCGCCCGCCGAAGAAAAGUGUCCGUUCUAAAUCGUCUCAUAUAUUAGCAGUUUUUUCCUAAACGAGACAAUACUGACCAUUAGCAGGCACUUGCGCCACUCUUCCUUCCUCCUGGCUCUCACCAAGAAAGAAUACCGUCGACUUCUUGCUGGCGCGUUCGGUACGCACUUGUCUGUCGGUUGCCACAGCAAUCACGUGCUUUUUCGACUGUUUACCGCGACUUCUUGCGUAUUCUUAGAGCGUUGAACUAUUUUGCGUUGGUUUGUUUGUAAAUAUCAAUAAGAAACAACCACUAAUGAAGCUGUUACAAGCAACUAAUUGAAAUUUAUUAUUUUCGGUGCACAUACAACUGGAUUAUUUGGUGAAAGUGUCAGUGAUUUGAUAACUAUUAGUGCUUUUUAAAAGGGAGAUGAGCUAGGGGAUUUGGAAAAGGAAUGACUGCCAGACGGAAUGUUCGAGCUGCCAAUAUCACAUUUAACCCAACGAAGAUAGGAGCAUGAAUAGUUUAGCAUUCGCCGUUAUACUGAUCGCUUUAGGGCAUUCAGCUUUGGGAUGCCAGUUCUAUCCGCAAGGGGAAUACCUAAGAUUUAUACGGGUACCUGAGAAUUUGAAAGUGGGGGAAGAAGUGUUGCGUAUAGAAGUGCACCCUAGGAACAACUUGGUAUUGCAACCUAUCGAUAGAGCAGAGGAUGUACAAUACUUCACGUAUCGUAAUCUUAAUAGGACCACGGUAUCUCUUUUGCUCGCGAAAUCGCUGGAGGACCUAGUGGAUACGGAUAAUCCUAGGAACGUCCUAAAAUUUAAACUUAGUUGUGAUUUUAACGAUGGCGAAGAUACUAUUACCUCUUCCUUAUCGGUUACUGUUUAUGUAGAAGACAUAAACGAUCAUGAACCUGUUUUCGUCGGUGCACCUUACAAGGUCGAGGUUGACGAGUUAUUCCCAGUAGGACUAACAUUGUUCAGAGGAAUAAAAGCUGUCGACCGCGACAAACCUAACACGCCCAAUUCCGACGUACAGUACGCAAUAAUUGCAGGAAAUGAUCGCGGGAAAUUCGCCCUCGAGAGCAGUCAGCAACCGAAUUUGAUAUUGGAAAAGGCUUUGGACUUCGACUCGGGCGAUCGAGAUUAUGUGCUUACCAUUACCGCGAUGGAUAGAGGCAUGCCACCGAGAAGUUCGAAUGCCACGAUGCGAGUCAAGAUCAACGACAAUGAUGAUUUGCCUCCCAAGUUUACCAAGGGAAUUUACAGGACUCGCAUUCAAGAAUUUUAUCCGAUUACCGGCGCUAAGAUACACGAACGGCUCAGCUUCCAGCCAGCGAUAUACGCUUUCGAUCAAGAUUUUGCCAUCGACACUCCCAUUAGAUACGACAUUAUAGCUGGCAACGAUCGACAUCUGUUCUAUCUGGACCACGUAAACGGCUCUUUGUUCUUAGAAAGGGAAAUCGACUUGGAAGCUGAACGGUCAUUGCCAGCGAACACAUUUGUUCUGCAGAUUCAAGCGUCGCAGGUGGACAAUCCUCUUAAAGCGGGAGUAGCCCGGGUCGAAGUAGAAGUAAUAGACUUGAACGAUAACUUGCCUGAAUUCGAAGUUGACUUCUACAACAUCAGCAUCGUGGAGAACUUACCAAAUGGUUUCAGUGUUCUGCAAAUUAUUGCCACUGACCAGGAUCAAGGCGAUAAUGCUGAGUUUUCAUAUCAAUUGGAUGAUAAAAGCGGUGCCUUCACUUUAGACUCACGAACAGGAUGGAUGACGGUGAGAGAUCAGACCAUUUUAGAUAGGGAGAAAAGGUCCACCAUUAGUAUGCGGGUUCAUGCGAAGGAGAAAGUUCCGAGUGUUGUGUCGAAUAAAGUGGGAGCUUCCUCAGUCAUGGUUGAGGUUACAUUACUGGACGCUAAUGACAAUAAUCCGACGUUCAUUCCAACAAACCUCUAUGACUUUGUGAUUACCACUGAAGCGAGGAAAGGAGAUUCAGUUGGACAAAUCCAUGCCAUUGACCCGGACCUUGGAAGGAAUGGUUUAGUUAUGUACGCUUUACAAAAAGCGCCAAACAACAGUCAAUCUUUCGACGUCGAUCCCAAAAGAGGAACCGUAUUUGUUGCCACCGAUAAUCUGGCGCCCGGGAAACACCUUCUUUUUGUGGAAGCUUCCGAUCAACCCAUUAACCCCAGCGAAAGGCGAACUUCUUUAGCUGUUGUCACAAUUGAUGUUAAAGAUCACAGAGGGCAGAAGGGCUACCCAGAGUUUAUCGGCGCACCGUACGAAUUUUGGGUCGGAGCUAAUGUUGGAAUCGGAACUAGCGUGGGUCAGCUACGUGUCAGCGAAGUUCCUGACAAAAAUAAGCUGGUUUUUGAUUUGCUUCACAGCUAUCAUGAAGGAGUUCCAUUCGCCGUCGAAGAGAAGUCUGGAGUCAUAACGGUGGUGGAAGAAUUGAAAAAAUACGACAGAUUACGUUACGAUUUCGAAGGUGUCGUUUCCAAUGAGCGUGAUUUAUCUUUGGUUACCAACGUAACGUUGCACCUUGUGGACCCUAAUGACGAACGGACCAUUCUCAUGAAAGCCGGGAAAGCGCCCCUAGAAUUUCAUGUGAAGGAAAAUCAACCGAAUAUAUUAAUAGGAAGACUGGGUUUCAAGAGUAACACGACAAGUGGGUUGAAAUUCUCUAUCGCCAACCAAAAAGACGUUACCGAUGUGAUAGCUAUAACAAGUGAUGGAACAUUGCAUACACUAAGAUCUCUGGAUCGAGAGACUAGAGACGUGUACAGGCUAACCGUCAUCGCUGAAUAUAAUAAGGGAAGCGUUUUGGGCACUGGUAUCUACCAGGUAACUAUCUACGUUGAUGACGAAAACGAUAAUAAGCCCACAUUCGAACGGAGCACCUACGAAGGAAAAAUCAAAGAAAACUCGAGGUCAGGCACGGAGGUUGAUCUUGACUUUCCUGUACACGCGAGCGACAAAGAUAUCGGUGCGAAUGGUCAAUUUACUGUGACGAUAUUCGGCAACGGAAGCGAAAACUUCCGUUUAGAUCGAAACACUGGCAAAAUUCAGUUUACUAGCGCGAGUAUGCCGUUAGAUCGCGAAACCACCAGCGUUUACAAUCUCAGAUUGGUGGCCAAAGAUAAAGGCGGUCUUUAUAGCGAAUCAAAGUUGAACAUUUUCAUUGAGGAUGAAAACGACAACGCUCCUAAUUUUGAAGAAAUCAAAGUAAACAAAGAGAAAGGCGUCGAAGUGGUGAAAAUAGACGCAGAAGGCGGCAAAGCAUCGCAUUUCGAGGAAACUGAGCCGCAAUCUGGCAGAUAUGUACUCAAACGUGGCUACCUAGGGGCGGUGAAGAAACUCAAGCAAAAAAUGUCACCUUUGAUUUCCAUACCGGAGGAUAUCGGUGUUGGAACCUCAGUAUUACGACUUAUAGCAGAAGACAAGGACGCUGGAGAAAACGCCAAGAUAAAAUACGAAAUGGUAUCGGAAACGUACAUCCCGAGUGAACGUACUUCCGAACCGUUCAAUUUGAUCCAGUAUUUUAUGGUACAUCCGAUCAAUGGAGAAAUUUCAGUGGCCAGGGUUCUGCCCCCAGAAUCUGAAUUCAGAUUAAACGUGUCAGCUUCGGAUAAAGGGAUGUUAAAAGAUAAUGUAGUAAUUAGGAUCAUGGUUAAAGAUAUUAAUGAUCACACGCCAGUGUUUAAGAAGUCUUGGUACAAUUUUGACACGGAGGAAGCUGCCUAUACCAGAAAAAUAUUAGGAAAAAUUGAAGCUACUGAUGCUGACUACGGACCCAAUGCAAAUAUUUCAUAUUCUAUUAAAACAGAAAACGCUUCUAGAAUUCCUUUUACGAUAUCUACCUACACGGGAUAUCUAAGCGUUGACGGUAUUCUCGAUAGAGAAGUCAGAGAUAAGUACUCGUUCGUGGUAAUAGCGAAGGAUAAUCCUUCAGACGGCAAAUCGCUUAGCAGUUCUGUAAAUGUAGACGUGAACGUAUUGGACGUCAACGAUAAUCCGCCAAUAUUCUACGGAUAUGACGAGCUUACCGUGAAUGCCGAAGCCAAUACCCAUUCCAAUCACAAUUACCAGGAGAAGAUUCCAGUUUACUACGCCACUGCAGCAGAAAAUAGUCCCGUUGGUACACCAAUUACUAGAGUUUUUGCCAACGACUCGGAUUUCACAGGCAACGGCAAUGGACUAAUACUGUUUGACAUACCAUUCCGCAAGGGCAAGCCAAAUUUGUUCGCUGUUGAUUCCAAGGAAGGUAUUGUUACGACCAUUGGAAAGCUUGACUAUGAGACUAAGAAGGUCCACAACGUCACCAUCAUUGCUUCGGAUCUGGGCUCUCCUAGUAUGAGCUCGACUGCGUUACUCAUGAUCAGCGUCAUUGACAUUCCAGAGGACAAUCAACCUAUUGAAAACGCUGUUUUCAAUCAUCGGUAUUACGAAGUUGAAGUUGAGGAGAAUGUACCCGUGCCGCUGAAACUAUUGACCUUGAACGUCAGCGAUGCUUAUAAAUCGCACAAGUUGCGAUUCACAAUUGAAGCGGAAAAGAACAGCGACAUCAAACGAAUGUUCCACAUAGAUCCCAGGAACGGUACGCUGUUUAUUAUGGAAAGUCCGGACAGGGAGAAAAGAUCGAAAUAUGAAUUUGUAAUUCGUCUGGAUCAAUUUAAAGUGGGUCGUGACAUGGCGGUUAUGAUCUAUCCGGUGACCAACGACAAGCUGGGCCAUUUGGGAUUAAACGAAGUCAAGGUAGUGGUAAAAGUGACAGAUGUCAACGACAAUGCACCGAAAUUUACGUCCUACGGUAGACCGAUUGUGGCGGCCAUACCAGCAACUGCUACUUACGGAUACGACGUACUUAAGCUCCAGGCCACGGAUCCCGAUAUGGAUCAAAAUGGGGAGGUCCGUUAUCAAAUUUUGAGCCGGUCCGAUGAAACCACUGGGCGCUUCGCAAUAGACCCGAUUAGCGGUCAAAUCAGAGCUAUAGCACACUUCGCCAAGGACGCCGGGAAAGUGUUCGGUUUCGACGUUAAAGCUACUGACCGACGUGGCGCGGAUGAUGGGAAAAGCACAAUAGUGAAUAUAUUUGUAUACGUCCUCGACGAACAGAAGCAGUUAGUUAUGGUGAUGGGGCUCAAACCCACUGAAGUGGAGAAAAAUAUGAGCAACAUUACAUCGGUUUUAUAUAACACAACUGGGUACGACAUCCGAAUUCGUAAAUUGGAGCCCCAUCUCGAUCGCAACGAAGUCGAUCCUAGAGCCACGGACAUGUAUCUUUACGCAGUAGAUCCAAUGCUCAAUACAGUGGUAGAUAUGAAUCAACUUGAGCAGGUUCUUAUAAGAAAACAAAGGGAAAUUGAAAAGCAGCUGGAAGGACCCAAAGUGCUCGCAUUUUCGAGCGGAGCGGCAGUUGACAAAUAUCAGAUACGCAUCCCGCGAGUAAUUUUAUCUUCCAUGGAGAUUGGUUUUAUCAUUUUGGGCUGCAUCGUGUUUAUUGGGUCCGUCGCGACGGCGAUUUGUAUCGUAUGUGUUAAAAGAAUGAAAAGAAGGUCGAUAAAAAAUUACCCAUCCCCACUCGGAUACGCGUUAGCCUCGAAAGCCGGAUUAUAUCCUCCGGGAUUUGGAACGGAUCCCAUGCAUUUUCCAGACAUGGGCGCACACGACCUAACCCAUACGUCAUUGGGUUACCCCACUAUUUCCCGGCAUGACGUCUCUUGUCCAAGAUACGGGGCCAGGCUGAAUGGAUUUCGCGACAGACAAAGAAAUUCCGUAGGUAUGGAAAAAUCAGUAACGAGUUUGCACUCAAGCGGACAGGAUUCGGGCAUCGUCGAUGCUACCGUGACCAAUUGUCAAUGCGGCCAAAGUAGCAGUCGGAGUUCAGCAGGUAGCAGCAAUUACGAAGACUCACUACAAUCAAUUCCUCACAGCAGGAAACUAAGGGAUCCCACACCUCAGGGAAUUAUGCAUCACUACUAUUCGCAUAGUAAUAUCUCCAAUCAUAAACAACAGAAGCGGUCUAGAAAUAGAUCUAUUACCGAUGACAUUAUGGACCACAGUGCGUUGCACCAAAUCCAUUCCGUGAGUCAACUCCCGCCCGGUCCAUCGGGACUCUUCGUUCCCGGACCGUCCGCUUUGAGAAGAUCGACAGAACGAUUAAUGUUGGCGGGAAAUGUUAGUAACUAUAAGGAUCGGGAAAUUUUGUAGAGGACGUUAGUUGUCGAGCUAUUUGGAAGCAACUGUCAAUGAUUUGUUGAUGGGUGGCCACUAUCACUUGUUGUUUUGUUCAUUCGGAUUUUUCUUAGUUGGUACAGGUUUUUUUAACUAAAUAAGAGGUGUGGCCAUUUCCAAAUAGAUUCAACUGGCUCCAACCUUAGCUUCCUUGGUAAUUUCUUUCUGUUGUACAUAUAAGUAAGUACUUCCGUCCGACGUUGAAGCAUUAACAAAUUAUUACGGAAGCCAUUUUAAUACCCUUAGGUUUGCGCGCGAUAGUACCUCCAGGUUACAUAAAACUAACUCGUUUAAAGAUUUUUCUCAGCUCCAACUAUUUUGGUACACUUGUCCAUUCUAGCUCUGGCAGUGAAGGUUAUUUUAAACCGAAAUAAUUUUAAGGGAACCUUAAAGAGGGAGUCUUUUUUGUAUAUAUUUCCAAUGACCUUAAUAAUUUCUUUUAAACCUGUGACUUCAGUUCAGCAAAUAUUGACGUAUUUCAGUGGCACACACAUCUCUUAUGAUAUCGAUAAAGACACAAUGAUCAAAUAUUAAAUAAAUACAUAAAAGUUUGAACUUUCUUAUUGUUGGUGCCACACAUUUUUUUAUUUAAGGAUUUUCGAUGAUAGUUACCACAAUAUAGUCCAUACGUAGCUAGUAUUAUUUUCAUUCUUGUCAAUUGUUAGAGUGUUUCCCACCAUACAUUCUGAUAAUUAUUUUUAAUUCUUAAAUUCCUGUGUAAUAUAUUGUCAAAAUAUGUCCGCGAGUAGUAAUGUAGGAAAAGCGUAGAAACAUUCUACAAAAAUGGCCUCAAACGUGCAAUAUUGUGUAUAAAAAUUGUUGUAUAUUACGUAACAUAAGA